AUUUGAACAAGAUAACCGUUGUAGAAAAGGGCACAACCUACAUAUCAGACGGCUGUGAUUUACUAGCCGUUAGUUUCAAAAGAAAUUAUUCGCCGACAAUCGACAUAAUUAAAUCCUCUUCCUCUAUAUUUUCGUAUGGAUCUCAAUCUUCGUUAACGUUUGUAGAGAAAAAAGAGUGAAGUAGAAAGAGAAAGAAGUAAACCCAAUUUCUCAUUGAUUUCUUCUCUUUUUUCUUUAAAGUCUGAAUUAAAGAAUCAUAAUCCAAGUGAUUUUAUAACGGAAAUUGACAUUUAAUUCUUGAACAUCAUUUGAUUGCUGUUUUUUUAAGAACAAAAUGAAGACGAAGAUAAAGAAAAUGGGUGGAUUUGACGAGAACAAUCUAACUAUAAGCAAUCAGUCAAAUUUUCAAGGAGUUUUACAAGGAAGAGGUGGGAAUGCGAUUCCACCAAUUGAUCAUUGUCGGAGGAUACUGAAGGAAAUUAAUUGCAACAUUUUUGAAUCUCUACCACCUUAUGCUGCCAACAAACGAACUACUUCUGAGAAAGAUGAUGAAUUUGGAAUGAUUCCCCAAAUUCAGAUUCAUCGUCCGGUUACUAGGAAGUAUGCUGCUGAGAUGGCUCAUAUGCAGCACUAUGUAAUAGAGGAGAUUAAGAAACCAAAUUGUAUUGAGGUAGAUGCAAGGGAGGAGGUAGAUGAUGAUUGUGUCAUUGUAGAUGUUGAUGAUCAUAACAAGAUCACCAAUGAAACACCUGUACCAAUGUUUGUGCAACAUACUGAAGCAAUUCUUGACACAAUUGAUCAUAACAAAAUCACCAAUGGAACACCUGUACCUAUGUUUGUGCAUCACACUGAAGCGAUUCUUGACACAAUUGAUCAUAUGGAUGAGGAAGCUGAAAUGGAGGAUAUUGACAGCCUAAUAAUGGAUAUUGAUAGUGGUGACAAGAAGAAUCCACUUGCAGUAACGGAGUACGUUGAUGACAUAUAUACAUAUUACAAGAAAGCAGAGAGUGCUAGUUGUGUUCCCCCAAACUACAUGGACAAGCAACCUGACAUUAAUGAGAAGAUGAGAGCCAUUCUCAUCGACUGGCUUAUCGAGGUUCAUUACAAGUUUGACCUCAUGGAUGAGACCUUGUAUCUUACCGUCAAUUUGAUUGAUCAGUUUUUAGCUCUUAAGCCGGUGGUGAGAAAGAAGCUCCAACUAGUAGGCGUUACAGCUUUGCUUCUAGCAAGUAAAUAUGAAGAGGUAUCGGUUCCGGUCGUUCAAGAUCUGGUUCUCAUAUCCGACAAGGCUUACAGUCGGAAAGAAGUUCUUGAAAUGGAGAAAUGGAUGAUCAACUCGUUGCAAUUCAAUUUGUCAAAUCCCACCCCGUACGUUUUCAUGAAGCGGUUUCUUAAAGCAGCCGAGGCAGACAAAAAGCUUGAACUCAUGUCGUUCUUCUUGAUCGAGCUUUGCCUGAUUGAGUAUGAAAUGCUGAGGUUCUCUCCGUCUCAUUUAGCAGCAGCUGCAGUAUUUAGUGCUAUGUGUACGCUUGGUGGGUCCAAGCAAUGGAAUAAGACCUGCGAAUGGCACACUGGUUAUUCUCAAGAACAGUUAAUGGAAUGUUCACGACUGAUGGUCACUUUUCAUCAGAAAUCCGCGACAGGAAACCACACGGGUGUUCAUCGAAAGUACAGCACAUCGAAAUAUGGAUGCACAGCAAAACGCGAACCUGCACUUUUUCUAUUAGAGACCGUUGGAUCUGGUGGUUGGACGUGCAUCAGCUAAGAAACAUGUCGUUUACUAACUUGAUUAAUAUCGCUCACUGAGGUUGUUUCGCUUCUUGACCAUGGUUUUUUAAUCAUUCUGGAUCAUUGCUCGAUGCUUCAAAUUUUUUGCACGAUGUUCACUAAGGGUCAAUCGGAAACAACCUCUUUGUUAUAUCAGCCAACUUAUGUAUCGUAUAUUAUGGUUUGAUAUAAUAAACAAGGGUGUAAGAUUGCGCACAUACGAUAUCCCAAACCUGACUUAGGAGGAAGCCACUUAAUGGCAUUGUUAAUAACAAUAAGAAAAACUCUUUCUAAAAGUAUCUCUACGAAUUAAGACGCGCAUAUGCGCAUGACAAGCUUGUAAGUUGUCUCAGCUUAUGUACGUAUAUUAUGGUUUGAUAUUAUAAAUCUUGUGCUUUAAGUUGUUGAUGGUAUAAGUUCUGCCUGCUAGAAGCAUUUCUUCUAUCCUUUAUAGCAUGGCCAGUUUUCCUGAUGAGCCUGCCUUUUUAUCCACAAUGAAAUAGAAGUAUGAUCUUAGAUAAGAUGGUUUCAUUGUUGAUGGUUGAGUUUGGCGUAAUUGAAGUUUGGACUGUGCUCUAAUAUUACUCCUUUUGUUCCUUUCAAUUUGUACCAUGUAUUUUUUUAUUAAAAUUAGUAUAAAAGGAAAUUAGAUUGAAUAGUUAGACAGGAAACAAGUAGAUAAUAAACCUACACUAAUAUUAAAACGGAUCCACAUCAUCUUGUACCCAUAGCCAUCAUUCAAUUACUAGAAUAGUUUGUGCUCUCAAAAACUGUAAUUCUUAAACCACCAUUAUUAUUAUUAUUAUUAUUAUUAUUAUUAUUAUUAUUAAUUAAGUAAUAAUAAGACUUAUACCUCAUUAUGUAUUUUUGUUCCGCUCCUAUUGAACAAAAUGGAUGGCGGAUAGAAAAGCACAAAAUAUAUAAACUUUUAAUACUUUCUCCAAUUUAGAGCAAAUAUCCUAUUUAAAAUUCCUACAAAUCUCAAGAUAAAAAAGAAACUAUAUUAAAAAGGUCUUUAUAUUUACAA